UGUCGUAAACCAGGAAGUGAACAUCCCGUGACGUGAUGGUGUAACCGUUAUUUGUAUAACUUUAUUUGUUUUGUUUUUAGAUUUUUUUUUUUACUAAAACUGAAAUACAAAUUUAAUAAACAUAUAAUAUCAUAUUUAAGCCACCAUAUUUAAAUAUAUAUAACUAUUUCCCCCCUCCCCCCGGAAACUCUGAAAAGCUCGUGAACUUCUCCGUUAAACCCGCUGCCGUAUUCCACUUCGUGUAGUUCCACUUUACACGACAACAACCAGGAUGUGGCUGUCUACACAUUCCGCGUUAUUAGCGUUAAUUUUGUUUAUUACAAUUGAUCGGCACGGCGCGUUCGGACUUCAGGACGUGACUGGAGCUUUAUUCGGGUCGGAGAAUGUGGGCACAGUGGCCGCGUUUGGAGAUUUUAACUCGGAUAAACAGACUGAUGUUUUUGUCAUCAGAGAAGACUCUGAGCUGGUGAUUUUCUUGGCUGAUGUUAAAGCUCCGUAUUUCAAACCCAAAGUGCAUGUAAAGAAAGAUGCGUUUCCAAGUGGUAUCAGCGUGAUCAGCAGUGUAGUUCCAGCUGAUUAUGAUGGAGAUUCUCAGAUGGAUGUUCUGCUCACCGGCCACACGACAGGAUCGGACCUGCAACGCACCAGCGUCUUCAUCUUCUGGGGGAAUAACCAAACUCUGAAUCAAAGUGCUAGAGUCGACCUGAAUGUGACCUUUAAGGAUCAACCUCUAGUUAUGGACUUUAACGGCGAUAUGAUCCCGGAUAUUUUCGGAACGGUGGGCGACUCCACAGAGGUCUGCUAUCUCCGUGGCAGGAAGCCGAAGUGUGAGAAAGCUCUGGGGUCAGACGUGCAGAUCCGCGUUCCUCACUCCCACGCCUUCAUCGACCUUAACAGGGACUUCACGGCGGAUUUGUUUCUCAGCACAGGAUCGAAAUCGGGGUUCGAGUUUGAGACUUGGAUCAAUACGGAUGGAAACUUCACCAAGAACUACGCAACAAAAGCACCAGAGAACGUCCAACAAGUGGGCCAGUCUGCUUUCGUCGAUUUCGAUGGCGACGGUUCUCAGGAUCACCUCCUGCCCGUCUGUAUGGACGACGCGUGUACGAAAAGCGUCAUUUACCUGGCCAGGCCUGGCCAGGAGAAGUGGUUUCCUGUACUGAUGGAUUUCCAGUGGAAAGACUCACUGUGGGGUUUUGUUCCUCCUCCGAACACGCCCCAGGCGGAUGAGUUUCAUCCCCUCAUCACGUUACACAUGGGUGACUACAACCUGGACGGUUUCCCUGACGCUCUCGCCAUCCUGAAAAACACCAGCAACAGUGCUCAGCAGCAGGCGUUUCUUCUGGAGAACGUGGCGUGUAACAACGUGAGCUGUAGAGACGUAGGACGUAUGUUCCACGUGCACUGGGACCAGUCGGACCUGAACGCCAUCCCCAGAGCCGCCGUGGCCACGUUCUUCGACAUCUACGAGGACGGAAUUUUGGACAUGAUCGUGCUGAGCCGGACGGAGGGGAAGAAGGAUCUCACCAUCCACGCGUUGAAGAACAACUUCGAGGCUGACGCUUAUUUUGUCAAAGUGAUUGUACUCAGUGGGCUGUGCUCUAAUGACUGUCCUGACAAAGUGAAGCCGUUCGGUGUGAAUCAGCCCGGGCCGUAUGUCAUGUACACGUCAGUGGACUCUAAUGGCUACCUGAAGAACGCCUCCGCGGGUCAGCUGAGUCAGUCAGCACAUCUCUCUCUCCAGCUCCCCUACACCGUCCUGGGCCUUGGCCGCAGUGCCAACUUCCUGGAUCACCUUUUCGUUGGCAUCCCCCGACCCCCUGGAGUCAAGGACACGAGGAAACAAGAAUGGACCGCCAUCAUCCCCAACUCUCAGCUCAUAGUCAUUCCUUAUCCAAACAGUGACCCUCGCAGUUGGAGUGCUAAACUCUAUCUGACUCCCAGUAAUAUUGUGUUGCUGACGGCCGUGGCGCUGAUCGGAGUGUGUGUUUUUAUCCUCAUCAUCAUCGGUGUGCUGCACUGGCAGGAGAAGAAAGCAGACGACCGCGAGAAGAGACAAGAAGCUCAUCGCUUCCACUUCGACGCCAUGUGAAGAACCGGAGUGCAUCAUGGGGGGGAAAAAAAAAGAAAGUCCAUCAUAAGCAUUCAUCUCACUGGAGAGUAUAUUUAUUAAUUUAUUUUCCAUGUUUUCCCCACUGAAUGUGGUCUAUCUGUUUCAGCUGAAUGUGUUAUUGAACGUGUGAGAUCUCGGGAAAGUGUGGCUGUUAUUCCUCACUUCUGAUUUUUUCUUUCCCCUCUUAUAUUUGUAUAUAAUGGACGUUUACUUGAACGAUACGACAUAACAGUGUGUGUUUUUAGCUGAAGCAAGCAGGGAGUAUUGAUUUUCACAAAAAAACAAAGGAAUGUUUUGGUGCCAUUUUAUUUGUCCUUCUGGCAUAACGCGUUGUGUUAAAUGUAUUUCUUCCUCUGUCAUUGUAAAAGGGAAAGAUUGUGUCUCUUGGGUAAAAGCACCAGGACUAGUUAUGGGAGUCUUUAUUUUUGGUGCUUGUUUUGAUGUACUUUAACAAAAUGGCUGCUCCAGUCAUAUUUGUCUGGCUUGCUUUUCAAUGCCUAUGAAUGAAACUGAAAAUGUUUCCUAUGCUAAUCAAUGAGGUGUGCAAAAAACAAAAAAAAUGUAUUCAUGCGGUUUGUCCUUUUUUUUGGCUUGCUGUAAGAGCAUGUUUCUUUUCUUCUUUGGCAAAUGGUCAUGUUUAUAAGAUGUGUUUGGUGAUCGAAGUUUUCUUCCUUUAUUUUGCACUCAGGCUAGCCAGUAAUGGCAUCUUGCACCAUUUUAGCAUCAUGUACUAACAUCACUCGUACAUGAAGAGUCUAAUAAAACAGCAGAUUUUUAUAAAACUCCAUAUUAAUGAAAUAAAUGUGCAAAUCAAAUUGGACGUAUUUUAUCAUUUGGAACACUCCAGACAUAAAAUUCUGCCUUCGGACUUUUGGUAGUAGUCGUACUGUGAGCGCUGUGAUACGAAACUUGGGCCAAUGAGGAAAUAAGUUUCCAUUUCAUAAUGAAAACAGCACAAUGGAAAUUCACACUAGGCGUCCGACCCAUGACUUUUACGUCAUUUUCUCAAUUUUCAUCAGACAUGAAAGUAAAAAAACAGUGUAUCUUGUACAGAAAACAUCGCAAUAAGUUUUACCAUUUUGCAGUUGUGCAGAUCACGUGAGAGUCAUAAGAAAAGUUCUCUCUUUCUCUUACCGACAACUGAAAUGCCAAAACUGUGCUUACCGAUUUGUCAGGUUUAGAGAACCGAUUCGAAAAUAUGCAUAUUUUUGCAGUUUAGAAAAAAUGUUUUUGCAUUUUAAAAAAAUAUGCAGUUUUAGUGUUGAUAGAAAGGCAUAAUUGUUCGAUUUUUUACAUUUUUAUUUUACCCAUGUUGGUGUGGUCUAGACCUUAGUUUCAAGAUGGAAGGUCAUUUGACUUCAAGAUGGAGCUGCAACUAUUUUUAGUUCUGGCUCUUUUUUUUUUUUUUUUGACGUUCUGUGCGUGUCAGAAAUGACACAAACAAGUUUACCACAUUGAACAACUCCACAAACCUGUUUAAGGUGUGAAUGUGUGAUGGGUUAGACAUCCAUAUUGCACAAAGCUAAGCCUGAGGCUGUAAGCUUCCAUUACUUCUCAGCUACAUUAGCAUCAAGGCUUCAGUGUAAAAUUUAGAAAGUAAACAUAUCUUAGCUGCAUUGCAGUAAGUAAGUCUAUCUUAUCUUCCACUUAGUUACAUAAUAAAACACCAAACAAUGCAUCAUUUUUGGUAGGGAAGUGGCAAUAGAAAUUGUUAGUCAUGAGAUAUGGAUAUGAUUUUUGAGUGAAUGUAUGUGUGAAAAUUUCCUGUUAAUAGAUUAUUAUUAAUAGAUUUGUUUGCAGAUCAUAUGUCCAACAUGUUAUGUCCCCAAAGCACACAGUCUUACUUUGAAUUCAACUUUCACUUUAUUGCCUUAUUGAAUUACCUGCUUUGUGCUGUGUAGAGGUUAUUCGUGACCGGUACAACUUUGUCAUUAACACUGGUAUUAUUGUUUGUAUUUUUGGUGAUUUCUAACUGUAUAUGAAUUUUUGUACGACAUUUGGUUAUGUGUGUGAAUUAGAUUCACUAAUGAUGAAAUGUUCAGCUUGGGAAUGGGUUUCAUCAUGCUGCAUUAGUCAAUAUUUACGGGUUAAUAUUAUUGAUUCUCAUUUGGCUAAAUAAAGGCGUUUUUUUUUUUUGUGGAGCACUUGCAUGAUAAUAGAACUAAAAGCUGCUGUUGGUUUUCAGGACUAAACAUUUCGAUUUCUUUCACAACUUUCAGUCUGUCUGCGGUGUCCGUUUCAGAGCAAAUUGACAUUUGGUUUGGUUUCACACUGCACGUAAAUAAACGAAUCAAGAGCAAAAAGAAAUCGUCUGAGGGACGUGUAGGGUUGAAAAUGCCCCCAUAAAGGUCUUCCGGCAGUUACUUUCACUUUUUUGUUCAUAGGUCCAAAUCUCCAGAACAGUAGACCAUAAUGCAUUUCUGCAGUGUUACAGCUCUGUCCUUUGGCUCAGUCUGCCUCAGUUUAGCAGCUCAUACACAAAAAAUAAUGCGGUGUUCUUACCUGCCUAAUGAACCACAACGAGGUUGGGAAUACAUCAGUAUUCCAUUUAUAUGGACUAAACACUGCAUAUGUGAUACCCUUAGGGUGCUUCGUUCAUGCAGUGUUUUGCCCAUUAAAUGGAUCCCUGAUGCAAACCCUGGAGCUGUAGCGCUGCAGAAAUCCCAUAUACUGUGGAUACCAAUAAACACCGGACAUUAUACGCAUGACAUUAUAAACAUUGACAUUAUAAACACCGAACAUUAUACGGACAUUAUACACACGAUAUUAUAAACAUCAUGACAUUAUACGCAACAUGUUUUGGACUAGUUAUUUAUAUAUUAUCUAGCCAUUUAUUGCACUUUUUUGGUUUGUUUAUAUAUAGCUAAUGAAUAAAAGAGUUUCAAGAGGACAUUUUCAUAUGCAGUGUGAAACCAAACCAUACCAUGUAGCAAACGAACCGAAAUGAUCACUUUUCACUCUGAUUUGUAUUCCCAGACAGAUUAAUGAGUAUGAAAGUGGCCCUUAUGGUUAACGUGUUCUGUGGCAGCAUUAAUGGUGUAAUUGAAACUGGAGCGCUGGUCUCUUUACAUUUUUAGGUCGGUGAUGUCCAUAACACAUUUGUUUUGUCUAAGCUGUAUUGUAAUAAAAUACUUUCACCUGGAUUAACCUUAACAUUGAGAGUCAUUAAAUGUACAUGGAUUCAUCAAUGGAAAAUAAACAUUACCAAACAUUUAC